GAAGUUCUUGAUAUUUGACAUGCUAUCCUUUUUAUUCAUUUUAACACUCCUCGUCGUGUAUACUCUCGCAACAGAUGAAAGGACUCCACCAUUGCCGUUCGAGUGUGAUCAGUACUGCGAUUUCUACGACCCCGGCUCCUACUGCAAGCAUUGGCAAACUCCUCCUGUCUGCUUCAGAAGUGAUAUACCUUGCUACUGUGGUGAUUUACCGACCAGCCAGAGACCGGUCGAAACUACCACUGAGUUUACGACCUCCCAGGAGCCAGUGACCACUACCGAGCCCGCGAUUACCACUGAACCCACGAUGACCACUGGACCCAUGAUCACCACUGAGCCGAUGAUCACCACUGAGCUCGUGAUCACUACCGAAGCUGCGUCAACUACUGAUUACGUGACAAGUACUGACUCGAUGACUAUCUCUAAUACUAUAAGCAGUACCCUGGCCGAUACCACCGCCGAGAUUGGAGCUAGAGGAUGUGAUCAAUACUGUGAAAGCAUUGCUCCUGGCAGCUUUUGUAUGACUUAUAAGUUGCCCAACGUCUGUUCGGCAACUGAUGUGCCAUGCAACUGUGACCUCUGA